UUGAAAUAAAUUGAAAAAUGGAAAUGGGAAGCUAAAUUUAGCUUUUUAUAGGGUUGGAGUGAAAAGUGGGUUUGGGGAGCUAAAAAGCCAUAUUUGACCAUUUGGAGAGCUAAAUUCCCCUUUAUGGGUUGGAGUUAGUCUCAGCCCGAAAAACAAAAAGGCUCCCUCCAAAAAAAUUCCAAACCCACCAAAAACCAAAUCCCCGCCCAAGUUCCCAACCCAAAGCCGAAACCUUUCUCUUCUCUUCCGCUCUCCACUUUCCACUUACUUCCCAUUGAAGCCAACCCAGCCUCCAAUCGCCCUCGCUCGAGACCCGUCCCCCGGAGUCCCACAUGACCGAGUCCCCAUCCUCCGAACCAGAACCGCCGUCCCCUAAGCCCCGCGCCGCCGCCGCCGGCAACGGAAUGAGGCUCGUCGUCCCUCUCCAGGGCGUCGUCCAGGGCAGGGGAGGCCUCAUCUUGGGCUCCCUCAUUCCUUGCGCUCUCUUCUACUUCUUCCAGCUCUACCUCAAGCGCCACCGCUCGCCCAAGCGGCCGCCGGCUUCCUCCUCGAACCCUCCGUCGCCGUCCGCUUCGUCUCCGAACCUCGGGGAUUUGGCCCGAACCUCCUCGCGCUCCAAUUUGCUCGGCCGCGGGUCGAUUGGGCCGGUGCGAUUGUCGUCUCGCGGGAUGGCGAUUGCCAAACCCAAUGACUCGCCGUACUACGUCGGGUUGGAGAAGGUCGCUGGGGAUCCGUUUCAUCGGGUGGAUAAUCCGGAUGGGAUAAUUCAGCUUGGAUUGUCUGAGAAUACUUUGUGUUUCGAUUUGAUUGAGAGAUGGAUGAAGGAAAAUUUGAUGGACUCGCUAAUGGGUGGUGAUGGUGCUGAAUUGAGUAUCAAUGGCAUGGCCACUUACCAACCAUUUGAUGGGUUGAUGGAGCUGAAAGUGGCUAUGGCAGAUUUCAUGUCUCGGGUAAUGGGGAAAGGGGUUUCAUUUGAUCCAUCGCAAAUGGUUUUGAUGGCUGGUGCGACUCCUGCAAUCGAAAUACUAACCUUCUGCAUGGCGGACCAUGGAAAUGCAUUUCUCAUUCCCACCCCAUACUAUCCUGGAUUUGACAGGGAUAUCAAAUUUCGAACAGGAGUGGAGUUAAUACCAGUCCACUGCCGCAGUGCAGAUAACUUCAUGUUGACUGUCACUGCUCUUGAUCAAGCUUACAAUCAGGCAAGGAAGCGGGGCCUGAAAGUCCGAGGGAUCUUAAUUUCGAACCCUUCAAACCCCGUUGGCAAUAUACUGUCACGAGAGACGCUCAAUGAAUUACUGGACUUCGCACAGGAGAAGAAUAUCCACAUUAUAUCCGAUGAGAUAUUUGCUGGGUCUCUCUAUGGAACCACCGAGGAAUUCGUGAGCAUGGCAGAAAUUAUUGAAGCUGAAGAAUUUGAUAAGGGCAGGGUUCAUAUUAUAUAUGGGCUGUCAAAGGACCUUUCUCUUCCAGGAUUCAGGGUUGGGGUUGUCUAUUCCUACAAUGAAAAUAUCUUGGCUGCUGCAAAAAGGCUUGCUAGGUUCUCUUCCAUCUCUGCUCCAACUCAGAGGCUUUUGAUCUCAAUGCUUUCAGAUACCAAGUUUAUCGAGGAAUAUAUCGAAACCAAUAGAAGGAGGAUUCGGCGGAUGUAUGAACUAUUUGUUGGUGGUCUUGACCAGUUAGGAAUCCAGUGUGCAAAGAGCAGUGGUGGUUUAUACUGCUGGGCCAAUAUGAGCGUUCUAAUAGCUUUGUAUAGUGAGAAAGGGGAACUCGAAUUAUGGGAUAAGCUGUUGAAUGUUGGUAAAGUCAAUGUAACUCCUGGUUCAGCCUGCCAUUGUAUAGAACCUGGAUGGUUCAGGUGUUGUUUUACAGCUCUAGCUGAAGAAGAUGUUCCACUUGUCAUGGAACGGAUUGGGAAAGUUGCUGAAAUGUGUAAAUCUGGACAAUGAAAUAGGAUAUUUUGCCUCAUACUACUCAUUUUGAGGUUUCUUCUGCUCUUUAUGGGACCCAACCUUCAAGAUCUUUCGUAGAUUCAUCCAAGGGAAUAAUAGAUAGAAGUUUAC